AUGGCUGGUAAGCAUUCGUACACCCACCCUGUCAGGUUCUGGCUCUCCACAACCAAUUCUGGAACGUGUGACGAGAACACCAGGCGACAACAACAGCGCCUGGAUAAUCUGCUAAUGACUAUGCCAGACGAACCAAGACGAUCCGGCCGAGCCACCAAAGGCCAGCACAAGAACCUCGAGCUUCCCGACACCCCCGCGAAGAAGGGAAAGGGCAAAGGCCAGAAGGAAAAAUCCUCCAGCAAAGCCUCCGCCGAACCGACCCCUGGCCCUAGUGAGGAAGGAGAAGGAGAAGGGGAAGGAGAAGAGGAAGAAGAGAUCAUCAGAUGCAUUUGCGGCGAAUACGAAGAGGAGGAAGAUGUCGAGCGCGAUAUGAUCUGCUGUGACAAUUGCUCAGCAUGGCAACAUAAUGAUUGCAUGGGUCUCCAGUUUACCAAAGGAGAGGAGCCAGACCAAUAUUAUUGCGAGCAAUGUCGACCUGAAAACCACAAAGCCUUGCUGGAGAAAAUCGCCAAGGGGGAGAAGCCCUGGGAAGAAGUUGCAGAGCGUCGACGACACGAAGCAGAGGAAAAGAAAUUAAAGCGCAAGAAGAGCAAGAAGGGUGGAAAAAAGAGCCGGCCUAGCGAAGGCAAGAUUGAGACUGGCACUCCCGUUCGUGGUGGCACAUCAGCAACACCUGGCCCUGGACCUUCUCCUGCCACCGCUCCAUCCGUAUCGGUUGAGCCAGAGAAAAAUGGACAUGCAGCAGACUCGCGUCGAUCAAGCACCAACAAACGUAAAUUGGAAGAAGUUGUGGAGGAGGAUGCGGUAUGGAUAUCCCCCAUGCCACUCGGUCAACAAAUCAGUGUACUAACAGAUCCUCUGCAGGAACACCAAGCCAAGCAACAACGCACAUCUUCAAAGCCCUCUCCUGCACCACCUCCAAAGGUCAAAACAGAACCUGCCCCAGUUGUUAGCCUGGAAGAGCCAGAUAUGCCCGCUCGUAAGAGUGUGGCUAAUGCUCUAGUCAAGUUCUUUGUAGAUCAGAUUGCUGCAGCCCAAAAGCAAGGCUCUUUCUCAUUACCUUCUGGACAGACAGCAGAAUAUACUGCUCGGCAGCUCGGGUUUUCCGUUGAAAGUGCCAUUUAUGAAAAUAUGUCGGGGGGAACAGGAGAGCCUGCUGAGCCGUAUAAAUCGCAAUUCCGCUCGAUUAUGUUCAACGUAAAGAAAAACACUGCUCUACGGGAUCGUCUACUCGUAGGUAGUGUUUCUCCUGAGUCACUCUCUACGAUGAAGUCUGCGGAGAUGGCCAGCGAGGAACUACAACGAAAGGAUGCCGAAAUCAAGCGAGAGGCAGAACGCCAACACAUUAUCAUUCAGGAGAAGGGGCCGCGCAUUCGUCGAACUCAUAAAGGAGAGGAGAUUAUUGAGGAAGACAACCAGAAUGUUGCAUCUGAACCCGUUUUCUCCCAAGCUCCCCGUCGAGCCACCGAUGCUGGCAGCCCUGGGAACCAAAGCCCCAUAACCCCGAAAGUGUCUCAGUCGGCUCACGGUGAUGGACAUGGCCGUGGCCAAUCGCCAGAUGGUGGACAUGGUGACCAUGUCUUUCCAGAAGUCGCCCCCAAUAUCCGCGAGCCGGUACCCCAUGGGAAAUUGCAGGGAGACGCCGAUAUCGACAAACUAUUGGAUGAUGAAGAGCCUGAUUCUCCGCCAUAUUCACCCAAAGACUUUCAAGAUGAUGGUGUCAUUUGGCGUGGUAAGAUCAGCAUGAUUCCGGUUGCCGAAUUCUCAUCCUCUGCACAACAUGUUGCCGGAGCAGACCUGAGUGCUCGGAUCCCAUGGAGCCAGCUUGCGCCAGAAGAGAUGACAGCUUAUGGCCGUAUUGAUAUCCAGCGGGCUAAUAGCUAUCUCUGUGGCUUACAAUGGAGUGCUUCAACAGAUGUAUCUGUCAUUGCUGUCAACAAGCCACAAGCACCUCGGCAGGUUGAUGGUUUUAACAAGCUUUUUGAUUACUUUCACACUAGAAAUCGUUAUGGUGUGAUUCGCCAGCAUCCGCUCCCUGCUGUGAAAGAUACUUAUGUCAUUCCUCUUGAGGAAGGCGCAACAAAGAUGCCUGAUUUUAUUGCACUCCUCGACAAAACAAAACUACCCGAUGGCCCCAUUGAUGAACGAAUGCUCCUCAUUGUCUUUGUGGUCAAGACUCGGGAUUCCAACCCUCCUUCUGUUCAACCCCCCUCCCAUCGCCCUAGCCAAGAACCGGCUGUAUCUGCGAGCCCCCUCACAGCGGCCGCUGCAACUCCUCAUAAUACGUUUGCCUCUACUGCUGCUGCUCCCAACCAAGCUGCCUACGGUCAACAGCCCCAACAACCAAACCAGCACCCGUCGCUUCCACAACCUUUGAUUGGCAACCCAUCAGCUACACAAAUUCUUGGCCCUCAAGCCAACGCACCUGCUAUUCAGCAACUUCUCAAGACCGCACCCAACGUUGACAACGCGCAGCUGACGGUAGUUCGUGAUAUUAUUGCCCGCCAACCUGCGGCUGCACUCAACUAUGAGACCCUUAUGCAAGCACUAUUUGACACCCAGGCGAACGGCCACGUUCCCAAUGUUUAA